AUGUCAAAUAGCUCGCGUCAAGCUGCAGAAUCACCUGCCCGUGCUGGCGGAGACAACGGCACAACACCAUCAGCAAAUUUAAAGCCUGUUCAGGUGAAAUUAGUGCUUCUGGGUGAAGCCGCCGUAGGUAAAUCUAGUUUAGUGCUCAGGUUUGUCAACAAUGAAUUUCAAGAAAAUAAGGAACCCACCAUUGGAGCUGCGUUCUUAACACAGAAAUGUCGCUUAGAGGACAAAGUAAUUAAAUUUGAAAUUUGGGAUACUGCUGGUCAAGAAAGAUUUCACUCCCUGGCCCCAAUGUAUUAUCGCAACGCUCAAGCGGCCGUUGUCGUCUACGACGUAACGAAAGCUGCCUCUCUUGAUAAAGCCAAAUCCUGGGUAAAGGAAUUACAGCGCCAAGCGAAUCCAAACAUUGUCAUUGCUCUCGCCGGAAACAAGAUAGAUCUAGUCCAACCGACUGAAGAAGGUGAAGACGAUGAUUCUAUGGAAUCCGGACGACAAGUCCCCACCGAAGAGGCUAAGGCCUAUGCCCUCGAAAUUGGCUUGCUGUUUUUCGAAACUAGUGCAAAAAGAGGAGAUGGCGUACGGGAUGUGUUUACAGAAAUCGCAAAAAAAAUUCCGCUUGAACAUAUCAUCAGCCGUCCACGUCAGGUCAAUAAUAAUAGGGACCAACUAAACGUAAUUCAACAAGCAGGUUCAAGUAGAAAUAUGGGAA